AUGAGUAACACUCUGCGGCCGGGCGCGAGCAGAUGGCGGAAGGCGGCCACCGUGGUGCUGGCUGCGGGCUGGGGACUUCCAGGCCCCGUUGCCGUGUCGUCGCCAACGCCGCCCGCCGAGGGCUUCCGGCUGCUGCUUACGAGGCGCUCGCAGGGCCAGGGCUUUCUGCCCGGCGCGUAUGUCUUCCCGGGCGGAGUGCUGCAUGCAGCCGACAGCUCCGCCGACUGGCAGCGUCUCUUUGCGCCGCACCACCUGCCGCCGCGCUUCGGCCUGAGCCCAACAUCGCCCCGACGUGCCGCCUUCCCAGUGCUUCCAGAAUAUGGACCGAACGCCGGCGACCGUGACCCCGGAGCGCUGCCGGAUGACGUUGCCUUACGUAUCUGUGCUAUCCGCGAAACCUUCGAGGAGGCGGGUGUGCUGCUGCUGCGGCCCCGCGGUGCCGCGCCAGACUCUGCGUCUGGGUCUAGGCUCGAGCUAGAGCCAGUUUGCGCCUUCCCACAAACGCUCGACUUGGCCGCUUGGCGCUCUCGCGUACACAGCGACCCGCGCCACUUCCUCACUCUGUGCAUGCACCUGGACUGCACGCCUGACAUCUGGAAGUUGCACGACUGGAGCACCUGGCUGACGCCAUUCAUGCGUCCUGGCACCCGUCGCUUCGACACGGCCUUCUUUCUGUGCUGCAUACGCGAGCCGCCUUCCACAUGCCCGGACAUGGCCGAAGUGGUGGGCUGCAAGGUAAAGCGAGAUGAUCUGUACUUAGAAGAUUCAGACUAUAUAGAAAAUGCUUUAUCCAGUAAGAAAACGAUUGAAGAAUUCAUGAAGGAAAGCAAAGCAGUUCACCGAGUAGUGUUGCAUGAUCACCAUCUGUAUAGUAUCCAUGUGACUGUUCAGUCAAAGUAUAAACAUGUUUAUCCUAAGACCUAUGUAGUGGAUAAGAGCCGUAUGUAA